UUUUUUUUAUUGCCUUUAUCUAUAAAAUGUCAUCCCAAUAUAUUGUUACCUUCAAGAGAGAUACCCCUAGUGAAGUUAUUGAAGAAAAGAUCAAGGAAGUUGAAUCUUCCGGUGCCAAGAUUGUUCACAGAUAUGACUCUGCCAUCAAGGGUUUCUCUGUUUCCGUUCCUGAUGAGUCCGUAAAUGCUUUGUCUUUUGACAGCGAUCAUAUCACUGGUGUUGAAGCUGAUGGUGAAGUUACUACUCAAGGCAAGGCUUUGAUUGCUAAAUAAACUUUUUCUGUAUAAAUAAAAAAAAAAACGCGAGAUUUGCGCUCUUAUAAUCAUUUGGCUAUAUAAAAAAUAGGUCUAUACAAAAGGUAAGAGGAACUCCAUAAUGAUAAAGGAAAAUGGUCCUUGUUUCAUAAUCACGUAUUUAAGGAUAUUUAGCUAUUCUUAGUGCUCUAUCUGUUUCUAAUCGUGUUUUUUUUGUUUCGAUACACUAGAUGAGUUGCUUUUUUUGACUCUUGGUUGCCAAACAAAACUGCUUCUAACACUAAAUUUCAUUUAAAGAUAUGCAUAUUACUAAUAAGAUUGCAUAAACCUUUUCCUGACUGAGUUUUAACGAAAGACGUACCACUGACAAUAAUAAAACAAAG